CAUUGGAGUCCGACGAGGAGGAAAACAGAGGGAGAAAAAAGAGGAGAGAGAGCGAGAGCGAGAGAGAGAAAAUACGAGGAAAAAUCUCACCUCCUCUUCCUCCGUUCCCCUGCUCGAUCCGCCACGAGAAAUUCGCCGCCAAAUCUAUUGAUCUGUUGGAUCCAAUCCGCCGAUCCGUCGAUCGGUUCGCGCGGGCCCUCGGUCCCCCGGUGUCUCGAUCCGGUCGGAGUCGGAGGAGAUGAAUGGCGCCGGCGCGAGCCAGCAGCAACAGCAGCAGCAGCAGAGGCUCCGGCAGCAGCAGCAGCAACAGCAGCAGGCCCUCCUGAUGCAGCAGGCGCUGCAGCAGCAGCAGUAUCAGUCCGGUGUCCUCGCCGCCGCGGCCGCCGCGGCCAUGACUCAGAUGGAGCCUGUUUCAAAUGGCAAUCUCCCACCUGGGUUUGAUCCAUCCACAUGUCGCAGUGUGUAUGUAGGGAAUGUACACCCUAAUGUCACUGAGAACCUUCUGAUUGAAGUUUUCCAGGGCUCUGGUCCUGUGGAAAGAUGCAAGCUCAUCCGGAAAGAAAAGUCUUCCUUUGGGUUUGUUGACUACUAUGAUCGGAGGUCAGCGGCUCUUGCAAUAAUGACCCUUCAUGGGCGUCACAUAUACGGUCAAGCAAUCAAGGUGAACUGGGCGUUUGCAAGUACACAGAGGGAGGAUACAUCUGGGCAUUUCCAUAUUUUUGUUGGUGAUUUGAGUUCUGAAGUGAAUGAUGCAACUCUUUAUGCCUGUUUCUCAACAUAUCCUUCUUGUUCUGAUGCUCGGGUCAUGUGGGAUAACAAAACUGGACGCUCCAGAGGUUAUGGCUUUGUCUCCUUCCGUAAUCAGCAGGAAGCUGAAACUGCUAUAACUGAAAUGACUGGUAAAUGGCUUGGCAGCAGACAAAUAAGGUGCAACUGGGCAACAAAGACCAACGCAGAAGAGAAACAAGAAACAGACAAUCAUAAUGCAGUUGUACUAACAAAUGGUGGUUCCAGUAAUGCAGCAAUGGAGGCAAACCAGGAUACAGGAAGCAAAGAAAAUCCAGAGAACAACCCUGAUUUCACAACGGUGUAUGUUGGCAACCUUGGGCACGAGGUUAAUCGGGAUGAGCUUCACCGCCAUUUCUACAACUUAGGGGUCGGUGCCAUUGAGGAAGUUCGUGUUCAACAGGAAAAAGGGUUUGGAUUUAUAAGGUACAGUACCCAUGGUGAAGCAGCAUUAGCUAUUCAGAUGGCCAACGGAUUGGUCGUUCGCGGCAAGCCAAUCAAGUGCUCAUGGGGCAAUAAGCCAACCCCGCCUGGGACGUCUUCUAAGCCGCUGCCGCCCCCGAUUGCUUCUUAUCAACCAGUAGCAAUGGCCGGCGUGCCACAAGGCUUCACGGCAGCCGAGCUUCUGGCUUAUCAGAGGCAGCUGGCCUUGAGCCAGGCCGCAGCCGGGCAGAUUGCUGGCCAGCACGGCCUCGCGGGCCAGGUAUCCGCGGGGCUACUCGCUGCUGGCUCCCAGGCCCUGUACGACGGCUACCCGAACCAGACGUCGGCGCAGCAGCUCAUGUACUACAACUAGUAUAUAGGGGGUUAAAGGAGGAAGGCAUUUGUAGCGUUCAGCAAGCCUGACCUGACUUUCCUCUCCGGUUCCAACUAUUUUUCCGUUUCAUGUACUAUUGUCGUGAGAGCUUUUCAUUUGCUUGUCGCGGGAUUGUGUUUUUUUAUUUUUCUUGUCAUUACUGUACUGUACUGUUGACAAAAUUUCUCGUCUGAUUUCGUUGGGUAGCCCUCCUUAACAGAGUAACGGAUGUAUUUUUAAUGUGAAUCUGCGAUUGAUUAAUGUAAUGCUCUCCUAUGUCC